CUAAUAGAUUUUUUCUUCCUUUUUUUAGUUCCAUGAACCAUGAAACCCUGCCAUCUGUCCCUCACGUUGCUCCUCCCCUUCCUUGCGUCCCAGACUCGUCGUCUUUUUCCUCGCCACUGGUUGUCGACUGUCUCAGCCAAUAGCAGCUCAGCAUCACGCAGACGCCUGAGUGUAACCAGCCCGACCCCUCAGCCUGUGAUUGGGAAGGACUCCGUGGAGGUGCUUGGACACACCUACCCGCGCGAUGACUUCACCAACGUCACUGCAAAAGUCUUGGCCAAAGUCGGACGCAACCUCCAUAACCAGUCCCAUCAUCCCCUGUGGCUGAUCAAGGAGCGGAUCAAAGAUCACUUCUACAGAACCUUCGUCAGCCGCGUGGGAAACCCUCUAUUCUCCAUCCACGACAACCUGAGUCCUGUGGUCACUGUGGAGCAGAACUUCGACAGCUUGCUGAUUCCAGCUGACCACCCAAGCAGGAAACAAGGAGAUAACUACUACCUGAACAGAAUAACAAUGCUUCGCGCUCACACGUCUGCCCACCAGAGGGAGCUGGUGAGGUCGGGACUCGAUGCUUUCCUGUUGGCUGGAGACGUUUAUAGGCGGGACGAGAUUGAUGCCACUCAUUACCCCGUCUUUCACCAGAUGGAGGGUGUGCGCCUGUUUUCCAACCAUGAGCUGUUUUCUCAGGUGGAGCAUGGUGAGGAUCUGUCGCUGUUCGAGCGGGGCGGGCGGCGGAUGAGCUCCAAACAGGAGACGCACAGUCUGGAGGCUGUCAAGCUGGUGGAGUUCAACCUGAAGCGAACGCUGACCGACCUCAUGGCUCGCCUGUUCAGACGCGAUCUGGAGGUCCGGUGGGUUGACUGCUACUUUCCUUUCACUCAUCCCUCCUUUGAGAUGGAGGUGCGUUUCCAAGGCGACUGGAUGGAGGUACUGGGCUGCGGAGUGAUGGAGCAGGAGCUGCUGAACUCGGAUUCAAGCUUCUCUACUACUGAGCACCAGAACAGUGUCCACUGUCCUGGGACUGGAACUAAGUGCACGGAGAGGGACUCGGCGCGUGCACGGGGAGGGACUCAGAGCGUGCACGGAGAGGGUUUAGGCGUGUGCACGGAGAGGCCGACCCUCUCGCUCCGUCACGGGGUGAGGGUGGUCCCAGACCCGGCUGUGUCUGUGGAGGAUGUCCUCCUGGCUGUGGGCGAGCAGGUUGGACAUGAGAACUUAGCGUUUGCGUCCAGGAUGAACAGAGCCGUGCUGGUUUUUCUGUUGGAGGAGCGUUUUUCUGCUCAGCUUGUUGAAAGUGGGGUUUAUCUGGAUGAUUCUUACCUGCAGGCUUCUCCUCUCUACGCUCCGUCCACUAAAAUCAUUAUUUCCGGGGUUCCUCCGUUUGUUUCAAACGAGGCUCUCAGUCGGGAGCUGCAGAGGUUUGGAAAGUUUUCCAGUGGUUUUAAGACGAUCAGACUGGGCUGUAAGAGCGAGAAACUUCACAACGUUCAGUCCUUCCGUCGUCAGGUGUUCAUGUUCCCGAACUGUCCGACCCAGACUCUGGACGUGUCCUUCAGAGUCAAACAUGAAGACUCUUUUUACAUGGUUUAUGCCAGUUGA